AAGCUCGCAGGUGGUUAUGGCGGUGGAGGUGCGUCAUGUGGUCCUGGCGGUGGUGGUGGGGCUGGUUAUUACGGUGGCGAAGGUGGCCGAAAAUACCAUGGCGCUGGCGGACGAAGUUUCUCGGCGAGCAAAGAAUCUUUUAUUGAUGCAGGAGUUAACGUAGGCGAUGGUUACGUGUUGAUAUAUCCGUGUCGUCUGAAAUGCUCUCAGAACGCCACGUGUAGAUUCAAAAUGAAGAACGCUGAGGACGUGCAACCGUUCUGUUCAUGCGCAAACGGUCGUGAAGUUGGUGAAGGCGAAGACUGUGUCUGGGGUGAGCAUAUCUUAUCAAAUGAGUCUUCAUUUACAAUACAUUCAAAUAGAGACCACUAA